AGAAGAGCAUUGCGCUGUGUGCUGUGCUCCCUCGUCAGUGAGCCCGUAGCGACCAGCUCAGGCUGUUACUUCUGAUGUGCGUCUGGAGUCCAGGCUGUCCUGGGAUUUCAGCCUUCCACGAUUCAGGAAGUCGAUGCUCAAGCCGCUGCUCCAGUUUUAAUUAGCAUGGAUUUCGCCACGGCAGCAGUCGGAGUCAACGUCUUCUCAGCCAUCUACACCGUUUCGGCGAGAAGGAAUUUACUGCUAUCAUCCAUAUCCAGCUGCGUGUCAUUGUCAAUGUGAGCAUCCUGGAGAACGGAGAAAAGGAGAGGUGAAGGAAAAUGCAGCAGUAGUCUGUACUUCAUGCGCUUGGGCAGCAGGUGGAGGGUGAGGGGGACAAGGAUGCGGUGUCUGGAGCGCUGACUGCUAUCCCACAUCUAGAGGUGUUUCUAGUGGUGCUCUGACCCGCCAGAGGUGACCAUUCAGAGGGGUUUGGUCACUGGGAAUGUUUAUUUGUUGAUCUUCUGUGUUUUUCUUUGACCGCGCCGCUGCAGCUCUUGCUCCCCUAUUCCCGCCCUCUCCUCCCUCUCCUCCAACUAUAUGGAAACAAGAGAGUGCUGGAUUCUGUAUCUCCCUCCAUCAGCUUGGAUCUUUUCUUCCAAAUGAAAUGAUCUUGUUUCCUGUGGGGAGGUCUCUUAUCUGUUCCUCUGCAGUGUGGGGGCUUUCGUCUUAUUGGGUAUUAGUCUUAGCUGCCCCCUCCCCACUCUGUUUUUUCAUACUUUAAUUUCAUAAUGGAAAUUUAUAUUUCUAAAUUACUUAUAGAUUCAGCAUUGUGUCAUCAACAUGCUUUUUGAUAGACAUUUUGGUGCCUAGAAGCUGACCUGGAAGAUAUUGUUUUGGGAUGAUUACACACCACUGCUUGGUAUUUAAUCCUCAGUUCAACGUAUCAAAACAUGGUGUGAACAAACAGAAAUAGGAUUCUCACUCUGGGAUUUCAUUGUCAGACACAAUAACUGGAUUUUGUCUUUGUUUCACUUCCUCAGCAGAGGUUUUCCCCUCCAACCAUUACUAAGGAGAGAUCUGGUCAUAUCUUUACCAUUACCCAGUCCCUAGGAUUAUGGAGGGAACAGGCUUGGCGGCCCACUGAGAUGUCCUGUCUUCGUGGGGUGGGACUGAGGGAGGCCCUGGGGGGCCCCUGUGCCAAUCUGGAGGUUAUGGUGGUGGGGAGUAGACUCCCACCAGGGGGCCCUGAGCUGGGCCAGGGGUCAGGCUGGAGAAUCCUGGGCCUAAGCUGCUGGUGGAGGCUGGCGUUGUCAUUGGCCUUGCUGGCUGCACUCCCCAUACAGGCAGGGACUGCUCGUGUGUCUUCCAGCCUAAGCACCACGCACCAUGUCCACCAUUUCCACAAUAAGCACGGCACGGUACCUAUCGCCAUCAACAGGAUGCCUUUCCUCACCCGAGGAGGCCAUGCUGGGACCACGUAUAUCUUUGGGAGAGGAGGGGCCCUCAUCACGUACACCUGGGCCCCCAACGAGCGGCCGAGCACCAGAGCAGACCGGCUAGCUGUGGGCUUCAGUACUCAGCAGAAAGACGCCAUCUUGGUCCGAGUGGAGAGCACCAGCGGACUGGGAGACUACCUGCAGCUACACAUAGAACAAGGAAAGAUUGGCGUGAUCUUCAACGUGGGGACAGACGACAUCACCAUUGACGAGCCGGCUGUCAUAGUUAGCGAUGGCAAGUACCAUGUUGUGCGCUUCACACGCAGUGGUGGCAACGCCACCCUCCAGGUGGACAACCAGCCGGUCGAGCGCUACCCACCAGGGAACUUUGAUAAUGAGCGCCUGGUUAUUGCUAGACAAAGAAUCCCAUACCGACUUGGUCGGGUAGUUGACGAGUGGCUACUCGACAAAGGACGACAGCUGACUAUCUUCAACAGCCAGGCAGCGAUAAAGAUCGGGGGUCAGGAUAAGGGCCGGCCGUUCCAGGGCCAGAUCUCUGGCCUCUACUAUAAUGGCCUGCAGGUGCUGACGCUGGCGGCAGAGAAUGACCCCAGUGUCCAGGCUGAGGGGAACCUGAGGCUGGUGGGAGACUCCCUGUCUGUGCUGACCACUGAGAGCACCUCCACCACCCCACUGGCAGCCUCCGACAUGUCCACCACCAUCAUGGAGACCACCACCACCAUGGCCACCACCACCACCCGCAGGCAACGCUCCCCCAGCAUGAGGGAGAGCAUCUCCCAGUCUCAGAACUCGGAUGACAUCUUGGUGGCUUCGGCUGAGUGUCCCAGUGAUGACGAGGACCUGGAGGAGUGUGAGCCUGGAACAGGAGGUGAAUUAGUGUUGCCUAUAAUAACAGUGGAUUCCCUUGAGCCCCCAUCCAUCGCCACCCGUUACCCUGCUAUCCCCCCUCCUCCCACCUCCCUGUCCCCACUUGAGACCACCAAAGUGUCCCUGAUGCUGUCCAACCCUCACCCUCCCUGCCCCCCGGAUCAGGAGGGCUGCGGUGACCCUGUGGAGGUCUCAGCCUUCGGUUCUGGGGAGAUGACGGAAUCAGAUGAUGAGGACUUUUACAAAAACUCCCCUCUGGUCACUGAUAGGACAGUCCUGCAUCCUCCUCCUCCCCCCGCCGUCGGUGAGGGCGGGGCACAGAAACCCCACAAUCCCCGCCCCCUUCCUUAUGCUCCCACCACCAACCCUGACCAGCUCCACAUCCCUGCGGGCAAAAUGAACACCCGUGACCAGGUGCUUCUGCCCCCUGCCCCUCCGUCAUCCCGGUAUACACCUGGACUAACUUACCCCCCCAAUUUCCCCCAUGUGCCCACAGCCGACCCUACAGCCCCCGGUGAGAAGCAUGCACCCGGCCUGGUGGAUAGGAUCGGAGAGUCCAGUAGCACCACAGGGAUGGUGGUUGGCAUUGUGGCAGCUGCUGCCCUCUGCAUUCUCAUCCUCCUCUACGCCAUGUACAAGUACCGCAACCGUGACGAGGGCUCCUACCAGACGGACCAGGGACACAACUUCAUCAGCAACCCAGUUUCCGAGGGCAACGGGGCCAUGGUCAAGCUAGAGAAGACACCAAGCACAACCACGGCUGCAGUAGCUAAGACAGUAACCAAGGGCAAGAAGAACAAAGACAAAGAGUAUUAUGUCUAAGAGAGGGAUGGAUAGAGAAGGAGAGAACGAGAGAGAUAGGCUAGAGCAGGGUUUCCCAACUCCAGUCCUCGAAUACCCCAGAGAAGCACACCUGAUUCAACUUGUCAACUAAUCAUCAAGCCCUCAAUCAGUUGAAUCAGGUGAGUUUGUCCGGGGCAGCAACAAAGAUGUGUGCUGUUGGGGGUACUCUGGGACUGUUGGGGUACACUGGGAUAGAGGAAAAUCAUGGAAAGGGGGUUCUCACAAAGAAUUUCACUUCCACAUUAUCCUCUAGAUAAAUAUCCAAGGUGUAGGGUGUAAUUGUUACAUUUGUGGAACACAAAAAAAAGAAAAUCCAAUUUGCGAUCAGUAUUUCCACAAUUCCUGUUCAAUUAUGCUUUGAGAAUUUGUAUCACAUACCAUACCACAUAUUGUAUUGGAUAACAUACCAUUUCAUACAGGAUAAGAAGCAUAUCCAUGUUGCUGUGUUUGUAUAUAGCACCAAUAUCUAUCAACUGUAUGGUUAUGGUUCCCAGUGAAAACUCAGUUUAAACCAUUGUACUAUAGAACCAGGUUUGCAUGAAUGUCAGUUCAUCAUGCUCUAUCUCAAGUCCCUAUGUCUUUGUGAUGAAGUCAGCGGUAUCAGUGUGUACUGAAAGGUCAAUAUGGUAGAUAAGGACAGAGCAACCCAGUGGAGUUUACUAGAUUAAACUAAAGCCAUACCCAUAUUUGGAGAUUGGGUGACCCACCUUCUCUGCAGACUAGCCUACCCCAUUUUGUGUUAUCCCACGUAAAACGGCUUUCAACUCUGUCUAUCUCUCUGGUUGUCCAUGGUGCUAUGUUAAUGGUCCAGUAUCAUUGAACCAUGUUUCCUUUUGGGAAAAUACAGGUUUUCAAAGGGAAUACACCAGUUCAUAGCAGAAUUUAGCCAACAAACCCACACCAUUGGAUGGAUGAGAUGAGCUGGAUUCUCUCAUCUCUGUGUGAGAAGAGAUCACCAAACCGACAGUGUCAUUCAUUCCAUCCAGGAACAAGUUCCUCAAGCUUAACAAAUCUCAAAAAGCAAAACGCUACUGUAGCAAAGACAUUGCUCUGUAAACAUAUUUGUAUGUAUAGAUGUCUUGGGUUUGAAAAAGCAUUGCUUCUGUGUUUGUUGGAGUAGAUUGGGGGGGGGGGGACACACACAGACAUGAAAAAGAUACUACAUGUGAGAGAUGUUCUGCCCCCACGGUUACCACUGUCAACACUCCAGCCAGAUCCCCCUAUGAGGAAAGUAGAGACAGUGAAUAUGAAAGGGAGCUGCAGGACACAGUCACUUUUGAAUAACUUUUUCUGGUUGUUCCUGUGGGA